CACAACUCCAGUUACAGGAUGCAUUCAAGUAUACUGAGAGAAGUGAAAGGGGAUUGAGGAGCCACUCCCUUAAGUUCGCCUCUGCUGCAGAGGCUUCGCUCUCAUGUGAUUACCACUCAGGAAAUUCCUUGGCAAACACGCUUACAACCAGUCAGAGCAGAGGAAGACGGAGAGCCUUUUUUAUUUGUAUUAUUUACAACAGCAAAGGUAAAGGAAUUCUGUAUCUUGGAUCGGUUUGAGGAAAAAAAAACCCACAAAACCUCACUGGGAAGUAUCAGUCUGCAUCAGCUGCUUGAGCCCAGGCUGUGACAAGUGGACAUUCACUGGCCCAGCAUGGAUUGGUCAUUAUCAUGGAUUUGUCUGAACAGCCACAUCUAACAAGCACGGGCCCUACAAACAUGGCUUUCUUGUAACGACCUUCCAUCUGACGUAGACAACACUCGGUGACUCGAAACAGCUGCUCAUCAGCCACAUCAAGAUACAGCGGUUCUUUGUUCCUCAGUUUCUAUAGCAACGCGCCAACCUUUUCGCUUGGCCCAGUCAUGGGAGGAUGUUUCUCUAAGCCAAAACCAGUUGAAGUCAAAGUUGAAGUGAUGGCUCCUGACAAGGAGAAAGAGAAAGAGAAGGAAAGCCUAUCACCCAAUGGCAAAGUCAGCCCCAUGCCCACGUGCAAGGCCAAUGGGAGCACCAAGCACAUAGACGAACGGCCCAUCACAGUCGACUUCUAUCAGAAUCCAAAGGACAUGGUGGAGGUAGCAGUGUGUCACGUCAAUGAGCUCCAGGAUGGACAGAUGCGAGAAGUGGAUGUGGCCUGUGGGAAGGCCCUGCUGAUUAAAGAGAGAGGAGAAUACUGUGCGAUAGGUCAUAAAUGUCCCCAUUAUGGAGCUCCCCUGGUAAAAGGUGUUCUGACCAAUGGGCGGGUUCGGUGCCCCUGGCAUGGAGCCUGUUUUAAUGUUGCAACGGGGGAUAUCGAAGACUUUCCUGGACUGGACAGUCUACCUAGGUUUCAGGUCAAAAUAGAAAAGGAGAAAGUGAUGGUCCGAGCAAGUAAACAGGCUCUUCAGUCACAAAAGAGGGUGAAACGGAUGUCAAGGUGUGCAACUCUGAGUGACAGUAGCUUCAGCAACACCAGUGUGCUCAUCAUUGGCUCAGGCCCUGCAGGACUGGUCUGUGCAGAAACACUGAGACAGGAAGGCUUCACAGAACGCAUUGUCAUGUGCACCAUGGAGACACACCUGCCUUACGACAGACCUAAACUAAGUAAGUCCCUCGAGUGUCAGGCUGAGCAGAUAACACUACGUUCCAAAGAAUUCUUAUCCCAAUAUGACAUCGAGGUGCAAACAGAGAGGGAGGUUCACUCAGUGGAUGUGAAGAGUAAGGUAGUUCACUUUAAAGAUGGACUCAAAAUGGAGUACAACAAAUUGCUGAUCGCAACUGGGAGCAGACCUAAACCACUUCAGUGCCAAGGGGCAGACUUGGAGAACGUGUACCAGCUCAGGACACCUGAGGAGGCAAACUGCAUCGCAAAACUGGCCAACGACAGGAACGCUGUUAUAGUGGGAGCUUCCUUCAUAGGGAUGGAAGUAGCAGCCUACCUCACUGAUAAAGCCCACUCAGUGUCCGUCGUGGGGAUCGAAAACAUUCCUUUCAGGAAGGUGCUGGGAGAGAAGGUUGGACGAUCAAUCAUGAAGAUGUUUGAGACCAAUCGUGUGAAGUUCUACCUGCAGAACGAGGUCUCAGAGCUGCGGGGUCGGGAUGGAAAGGUGAAAGAAGUUGUUCUGAAAAGUGGGAAGAUCCUAAGAGCAGAUGUUUGCAUAGUGGGAAUUGGCGUAGUUCCAGCUACAUCAUUCCUAAAACAGAGUGGCAUCAACAUGGAUUCGAAAGGCUUUCUUCCUGUCAAUAAGCUCAUGCAAACGAAUGUACCUGGGGUCUUUGCCGCUGGUGAUGUUGUUACUUUCCCACUGGCCUUUCGCAACAAUAAGAAGGUGAACGUGGGUCACUGGCAGAUGGCGCAUAUGCACGGUAGAAUAGCUGCUCUCAACAUCCUGGGGAAAGGAAUUGAGAUUAACACAGUGCCGUACUUCUGGACUGCUAUGUUUGGGAAAAGUAUUCGCUACGCAGGUCACGGGGAAGGGUUCGAUGAUGUUAUCAUCCAGGGUGACCUGGACGAGCGGAAGUUUGUGGCUUUCUACACCAAGAAAGCUACUGGAAUGAACAACUGCAUCCAGACCUGGAGGAGCGAUGAGGUAAUUGCUGUGUCGAGCAUGAACUAUGACCCCAUCGUGUCUAAAGUAGCAGAGGUCAUGCAGUCUGGAAGGACAAUCAAGAAAAGGGAUGUUGAGAUGUUUGUACAUCACGAAUGGACGGGUGACAUGUCCUGGCUCUUUGGCAAAGGUACAUAGUGGAGGAAGUCGCCAGUGGGCCCUGGGCCAUUGGCAUCGCCGCGGUUCAGAGCAGACCUCAGCAGCUCAGUUGGGCAGUCCUUUCCAAGGAGGCACGAGGUCACCGGCAGUAGGUCGUGCUGAGGGGGGAUGGUGGAGCGGGGUGGGGGGAGGCCGUGCUCUUUAGGACAAGGCGGUGAUCAACCCUCCCCCUCCGUCUUGGCGGCUGCUGCCACGUUGACCAAAAGGUGCUCUGGCUCCCAUUUUACACAGCAGGAAUGCCCCCCACCUCCACUCCCCGCCCCAGUGAGUGGUGAGGCUGCCUCGCAGCUCCUCAUAGUUUCAGGCUGCGUGAGGUUCCGAACGAUAUCUACCUUUCAAUGUCGGAUGCAAACGAAGCAGCUCAUUGUGCAAAGGUGCCAACCGAAACGAAGGGCAAAGCAGGCCUUCUAACCCGUGCCCUUACCAAUGCACGCCGCUCAUAGCUGGAUGCCACACCUGCUGCAUGCUUCACCCUGCAGUCCAGCGACAGGAAUGACUGACUGUGGGCAUUCUCCCUGCAUCUCACAUUCCCAUCGACCAGACCUUUUCCUGAAGCUCACUGCUCUGAGAGAGGGGUAGUCGCAGAAUGAGUCAGACAAGACUCUCACAUUGAUCUUCAACAACAAAAUAAAAGGCUGGUGUGGCUUCUGCUAAACGUCUUCAGCAAUAAUGAGAAAAUGUACUUUUCUUUUGUUAAAAAAAAGUAAUUCUGGUUCUCUCAAAUGACUGUUCUGUCUCUUUGGCUUCCAACUCUGGUGGUCCUGAUCACAUGCUUCAGCAUCUGAUACAAUAAAAGGAGGAGUGGCCAAA